AUGUUUGAGGCCCUCGUAGCCGAUAUGACUGUGUAUCAAGGUACCGGCUACGUAGACGUUUGGAAAGAAACUCUACAAGAACUGUUUACGGCCGAGUAUAGUCGAUUGUCAGUGCGCACGGAGCUGUUGCCUGCCGAGCACAUACGUUACCCUACGCUAAAGGGCAAAGAACUGGUCUGCUUCCUUGGACUCUUUCAGCAAAUUUUUGUUUUACACAAGGGGUCGUUUACGGAGUGGCAACGCCUUGCGCGUGCGGUCGGUCAGGAGCUACUAGGCUUAAAAAUGGGCCUUCAAGGAGUUUGUUCGAAAGCUAUCCAGCCAGCACAAGUGGGCAUCGGCUCCAAUUCUCAACCAGUGGGCACAAGUCGCAAGUCGCGAGACACAGUCAGAACAGGCCGGGACCGCUGGACCGCGACGGACCGUAUAUGA